AUGCUUAACACUGUUGUAUGUAGUUUACUAGGGAAAGCUGCUAAGAACCCACCUUGUUACACGCACGCGGCCUUGUACCGCCCCGGACUGAUGGUUAACGCCGAGAGUUGGUGCCUGGGAAUACAUAAUGCGGCUAGGCUUCCACCCACCUUUUUUCGCCUCUCCUCUUUUUUUUUCUCUUUCUCUUCACCCACCAAAAUUUCUAUCACAUCACAUCACGAGUUCAUAUUGCGCCCUAAGGCUGCCCAGCACGAUGUUCUAAAUCAACUCUCUUUGAGUUUCCCCCCCAAGCCAACCGUCAAAAUUACGUCUUACGACAUAAACAACAUACACCCCACUCAACCCUCCCCCCGUUCAGCUCACCUUUCGGUCGACCUGAACUUAAGCCCUGCUCUGUAUAGCAUCAGCUCCAGUUCCCCAACUACCGCCAACAUUUCAUCCCAAGACUUCCCAGUCUUCACCACGGAUCACCAGUCAUCAUGGCUUCCCCAACUCAGCCCCGCCCCGCCGGCAACAUCCGAGCAUCAGUUGAAUCUGUCAGAGAAUCCCAAUCAGGAUUUUGUCUUGUUCGACAACCCACCUCCUCAGAAUCAUAAUCGACCUACUGCAUCGCUGCCCAAUCAGCGUCGUCAUUCGUAUCACAAUCGCCUAGAGAAAUCUGCUUCACAAGCUGCUCAAUACCAACGAGUGCAACAGAUUCUUCAGUCUAUAGGACAUCAAUCCUAUCCUAACGGAAACCGGUCUACAAAUCAAUUCUACGCCUCUUCGGCCCCCUCAUCCACCGUGUCGCUAAAUCAGCGAGACCAAUCCUCCAAGCCCCCUGUUCCCCUGUUCAAUCAGAACAACGGUAACAACCAGAACACCGCCAAUAUGAUGAACGCAGCGGAUGUCGACCUGGACGAUCUCCCCAUCUUCGAUGGUGGAGCCUCCACGGCCUUCUCAUCCCCUGCUGCUCCUGCAUUUGACUUCAACGGUAGCGUCUCUAGCUCCGCGUCCAAUCUGGGUACUGUCUCUCCCCAGGACCUCCUGGUCCAAGAGCCUUUUAUGUCUGCCCCCAACUCGGCAGCGCUCACUGCAUUGACCUCGCCGUCUAUCUACAAUGAGUCCCCCGAGUUUGACUACGAUGUUUCACCCCACUUUGGUUCCGGCGAUUUCGAGACCGCCACGGACGCCUGGUACCCUCUGUUCCCUCAGGACUCAAACGGUCCUGAGCAGAGCAACCUGGAAGAUUCUCCUGCUCAGCGCUCUGACGACAUUGACUCUGUUGGACGAGGCUCAAACGGCAGCGGAAGAAAGAAGGCUAGCGGCUCCCCUACCAGCGGUGGUCGCCACUCUUCUGUCUCCGGUGUCAACGCGCGCAAGCGUGACAAGCCUCUUCCUCCUAUCAUUGUCGAUGAUCCGUUGGAUGUUGUUGCCAUGAAAAGAGCCCGCAAUACACUUGCUGCUCGUAAGUCGCGUGAGCGAAAGGCUCAGCGAUUCGACGAGCUGGAAGAGAAGAUUGCGAAGCUUGAGGCUGAGCGUGACCACUGGAAGAAGAUUGCGCUUUCGCAAUCCCAGUAGGUUGUUUGAGAAAGAUGGAAAAGUUCUUUGUUUUAAUUAUUGCUCUUUGUUACUACUGGUUUAAUCCCAACUUCUCUUGGCUGCCGGUCUUGAUUGACUUGGUGCGUCCUUGGUGAAGCUCUAGUUCGUCCUUUUUAUGUUUUGUAUGGCACGAAGUUGCCUUUUUCUAGUUCGACUUGAAUGUAUUCAUUACAAAUUUUUUUAAACUUG